CUCAAAACGUGCAGAUUAUCGCAACUCUUGACACAGUUCUGUAGAAAUGUUAAUCGUACUUAUAUCACUUGUCCUCGUUUGUGUUUCUGCCAAAAGUCUACCACCAGAAAUCCAAAAAUGUCGAAAAUCUGACCCACAACUCGGCAAAUGUUUGGCCAAAACUGUCGUCGAUUCAGUGAACAAGCUUAAACAAGGUAGUAAAGAACUGGGAAUUGUUCCUCUGGAACCGCUUGUUAUACAAAAACUCGAAUUUGGAAAUUCUAGUGCUGGAGCAGUUGCUAUACAACAAGUGUACGAAAAUUUGAAGCUGUUUGGAAUAACGAAUUUUACUAUAUCCGACUCUGAGGCGAAUUUCAGUGACGAAAACUGCUACUGGCGGUUUAAAACCCACACAGAGCUUAUCAGAAUGGAAUCUGAUUAUAAAAUGACCGGGCAACUACUACUUUUUCCCAUAAAUGGCCACGGAAAAUGUAACAAUACUCUGUAUGAGUGUGAAGCUAUGUACAACUUAAGGUGUGAAAAGUACACAAAAAAGAAACAAAAACAUAUACGUGUAACUGACAGUGUGCUUAAAUUAAAACCAAAAAGGGUUGUUUUCGAUUUUCAGAAUCUGAUCGACGGAAAUGAACAAUUGAGUAACGAAGUACUGAAAACGAUUAACGAAAAUUCUGGGCAAGUGUACGCAGAUGUGGGUCCAGCUUUUGACGAAGCCAUAGCCAAGUACGAAAAGGAAAUUAUCAACCAAGUGUUUUCCAGAGUUGCAGAGAAUGAGCUGUUUUUGUUAUAGUUUGUGCCCGCAAAAUAGUCAUGACGUCAUUUUAACAUUUCUACCGAAAACAUCCAGAUUUUUAAGAAGCUAAAAUUAAAAUAUGUAUCUAGUAUUUGAGUAAAGAUAAAGAAACGUGCCAAUCGUAUUUUAAAAGUGAGUUUUUAUAUCAGUUUAGGUAGAUGCA